UUCUGUUUUUCCCGUCUCUGUAUCUGUAGUGUUUGAAUAACAUCAUCACCAACAACAAAAACAACAGCUGCCGCUGCUGCUCUCUCUCCCUCUUAUAAAUAUGAAUAACAUCACCAAUUAUUAGAAGUUCUCUCUCUCUCUGGUUUGGACCUUGUGUGUCUUCUUGAACCUCCCAAAUCGAUAUCUUUCCAGCUCGAUCUUCUUUCUGCUCGUAUAUUUCCGAACCUCCCUCAUCUUCUUUCGAUUUCUGUACAUUUUUACGUAUAUAUUCGGUACAUAUAUCUGUUUCUUUUGGGUAAAUAUUCGAUCUCUCUCUCACUUGUGCUCCCUUUGCCUUUAUUUGAUUCCGUUUUCCCCUUGAUUGAAGAGAUCAAAAGCGCUCUCUCUCUCUCUCUCGCGUUGGCUGGGAAUGGAAGAAAAGGAGUUGGUGUUGGAAUAAUAAACAGUAAUUGUAGGCAGAGGUCAAAGAGAAGAGCAUGUUGUGUUCGAAGCAGCCUAACUCGAUUGUAUGCGCAGUGGGAGUUGUUUCUUGGAGACUAUUUCGCUGAUGUAUAUUCACAUAUUAUUCGUAAAUAUAGAUAACUGGAUGCAAUUCUGAUAAUAUAAUCCCUUAGCCAGAGCCUGAGCCCCUAAGGCUCGGCGGGGGGGGGGGGCGAUCUGGAAUAUUAUCAAUGGCGUCGCCAGAGAAUGAGCCCUCCUCCCACUCUCCCUCUGUCGUUGACGAAUCCCUUGGUCCUCCUCCUGCCCACGCUUUUAUGCACAAAUUCAGGCUUUACGAAACGCGAUCGAAUUUUUACAUGAUAGGAAGGGACAAGAGCAGAACAUAUUGGAGAGUGCUAAAGAUUGACCGGUUGGACCCUUCAGACCUAAACAUCCAGGAAGACUCUACCAUGUAUACGGAACCGGAGUGUUCUGACUUGUUGAGGCGGAUACAUGAAGGAAACAAGUCCACAGGUGGACUAAAGUUUGUCACUACUUGUUAUGGAAUUGUCGGGUUCAUCAAAUUUUUGGGUCCUUAUUACAUGCUGCUUAUCACAAAAAGAAGACAGAUUGGUGCAAUCUGUGGUCACACUGUAUAUGCUGUCUCCAAGAGUGAGAUGAUUCCAGUUCCAAACUCUGACGUUCAGAACAGUAUCACUAAUUGGAAGAAUGAGAACAGAUACAAGAAGCUCCUGUGCAUGGUGGAUCUCACAAAGGAUUUCUUUUUUAGCUACUCUUACCAUAUUAUGCGUAGUCUUCAAAAGAACUUGUGUAAUAAAGACACUGGCCAGGUUCUCUAUGAAACCAUGUUUGUCUGGAAUGAGUUCUUGACUAGGGAAAUCCGGAAUCACCUCCAGAAUACGCUUUGGACAGUUGCUUUGGUUUAUGGGUUUUUUAAGCAGGCAACACUUUCUCUAUAUGGACGAGAAUUCAAACUGACCCUAAUUGCAAGGCGUUCCCGUCACUAUGCAGGCACCAGGUAUCUGAAGAGAGGUGUAAAUGAGAAGGGCAGAGUUGCUAAUGAUGUUGAAACAGAACAGAUUGUGUUUGAGGAUGUUCCAGAAGGGUUUCCCAUGCAGAUAAGUUCUGUAGUCCAAAACCGAGGCUCAAUUCCUCUUUUCUGGUCACAGGAGACGUCACGCUUGAAUAUUAAACCAGACAUUAUAUUGUCAAAGAAGGACCAAAAUUUUGAAGCCACCAGACUUCAUUUUGAAAAUCUUGUCAAUAGAUAUGAAAACCCUAUAAUAAUUUUGAAUUUGAUUAAGUCACAUGAGAAGAAGCCCCGAGAGUCCAUCCUCCGUGCAGAGUUUGCUAAUGCAAUUGAUUUCAUUAAUAAAAGUUUGCCAGAGGAGAACCGUCUCAGGUUUCUUCACUGGGAUCUACAUAAACAUUCUCGGAGCAAAGCUACAAAUGCAUUACUCCUUCUGGGCAAAGUGGCUGCAUAUGCAUUGACACUAACGGGAUUCUUUUAUUGCCAAGUAACACCAGCCUUUAGGCAUGAAGGGUGUGUGAGAUGGCUUUUGUCUGGGAAUUUGGACAAUGAUAACGUUUCUCCUCAGAGGCACUGCAACUGUGAUAAUGAGGAUGAUGAUUACUUAGAAAGGAAACUUGGUGGUUGUAAUAAUGGUGCUAGUAAUGUUGCUAAUGGGAAUCACCCUGUCAAGCCACCCAUGUUUCAGAAAGGGGUUCUCAGGACCAAUUGUAUAGAUUGCCUGGAUCGCACUAAUGUUGCUCAAUAUGCUUAUGGAUUAGCAGCUCUUGGACAACAACUUCAUGUUCUGGGAGUCGCAGACAACCCAAAGAUAGAUCUUGAUGCUCCUUUAGCUGAUGAUUUUAUGGGGUUUUAUGAGAGAAUGGGUGACACACUUGCUCACCAAUAUGGUGGCUCAGCUGCUCAUAACAAGAUAUUCUCCGAGAGAAGGGGUCAGUGGAAAGCAGCAACGCAGUCUCAAGAAUUCUUCAGAACUCUUCAACGAUAUUACAGCAAUGCCUAUAUGGAUGCGGAGAAACAAGAUGCAAUUAAUUUAUUCUUGGGUCACUUUCAGCCGCAACAGGACAAACCUGCACUUUGGGAACUGGAUUCAGACCAGCACCAUGAUGCGGAUAGGAAUGGGCAUACAUAUGUGGAUGAAGAUGGAAGGUCGAUUUUCAAACGAUCCUUAUCAGAUGGGAACAUACAUGGUGAAAGCAGCUCUCCCAUGUCAGCCAAGAAUGUGAAGCAUGCUUCUAACUCAGUUUUGCCUGAGCAAUCACAAGGAUCAAGCAACUUUCUAUCUGAAUCAUCACCAGAAAUAUCAACUUGUGAAAGUGAUAUAGCUUUUUCGAGGUAUACCCCAUCAAUACCUCGCAGGCAGCUUUUUGGAGAUAUGCAAAGAGAUCGAUGCCUUGAAACCAAUCAUAUUUACUUCUCAGAACAUGGAGAUAUGUCCAACUGCUCAAAUUUUCUUGACCUUGACUGGUUAUCUUCCUCUGGGAAUUCAUGCGAGGAAGAGCAAUUUGAGAGGUCAUCAUUGCUCACAAACUCUUCAGUUGCUGGGUUUUCGUCAGAAAAUGUUGUCAAUGGAGUGAUGGGAGAAACUACCCCCUCCACAAGUGAAUAUGGAUCCAGCAUGAAAGGGAGGGAGCAGACCGGAACAGAGCUAUCUUAUGGGUGCUGUAACUGAUCCAUGGAGAAGAGACCAUAUUGAGUAUAGCAAGGGUAGCAGGAACAAGAGAGAUCAGAAGCGGAGAAUCCGGCAAUUUUUCUGUAAGAUGUUUUCCCACGAAGCAAUCCUCUGGGCCCUCCUCAUCUAUGACUUGCAGCAUUAAGUUCCAUCCGAGAAACCACGAUCAGAACCCAAUACCAAAGUACAAGAGUAAAUAGGCAACGAUUAAAAAUUCUUUUUGGAGCUCAUCUUCUUCCUUCUUAAUCCUAGUAUUCGCGGACUCGUGUAGGGAUGCCGCUUUUGUAAAUAUCAUCAUUCUACUUGACCGAGCUCCAGUUUCAGAAUUGCAGGUCAUUGAUUCUUUAUAUUGCUUCAUGUUUAUUUGUGGUCAAGCAUUCUGAGAUCCAGGUACUGUAGAACUCCCUCCCUCCCUCUUUUGAUAUGUGUAAUUGUAGAGCCUGAAGAUCUAGCCCUCCCCAACGGUCUGUUUACAUGGAUCUUUUCUUAUGGGUAGGUAUCUACGAAGGACGUCUGUUCAUUGAUUGAAAUGGACACUUCUUUUAAGCUUACGCUUUUGUAAGUUUUUGCUCCAUCCAAUGUUAAAAAGUGAGAGGAAAAAUCCUAACAUUCAGAGACAGAAAGAAUGCUCGUGUAUAUAAAGUGUUUAGCAUGUUUAGAAAGGUUUGUUGGGAUAAAGACAUUCAUGAUAUUGGUGCCCAUCGACUUUAGGGAGCAAUGAGAAUCUUUUGAAAAUAAA